GUCUCCGCAGCUAUAGCAAAUCAAUCCCCUUGGUCCUUCUUCCUCCUUCCCCCUUCCCUCACGGGCCAGCCUCCCAUCACCUCGAACCAUCACCUCUCUUCUAGACCUCUGCUGGACUGGAGCGGCGUGGAUCCGGACCUUGGUCUGCUUUCUCCUCUGCCAGUCUGCCUCUGGUUGGAAGCAUGACGGAUGGUGGUAUUGUGGUAGCCAUUUGCCAAUACGGUGGAGAGUUCACUUCUGGUCUCAAUGGUAAUUUGAUAUACAAAGGGGGAGAAGCGCAUGCUGUUGAUGUCACUCGUGAUAUGUCACUGGAGAGCUUCAAGGAUGAGGUGUCCAAGGUGUUCCAUGUUGACGUCAGUGAAAUGUCAUUGAAGUACUUCCUUCCGAAUAAUAACAGAACGCUCAUCACAAUAUCAUGUGAUCGAGAUUUGCAACGGAUGGUUGAUUUUACAACUAGUGCUGCACAAGUGGAUGUUUUCUUGAUAAGUAGAGUGGAGAACAGGAGUACCAUAACUCACACUGGAGCUUCUGCCGUUAAACCUGGCUCUAAUGCACGUGGAGACAAAAAGAAAAGGUCACCUUCCAAAAACAAGGUAUCCAAAAAUAACAAGAAGACUCCCAAUACUCCUGGUUCUGCAGUUCAAGCUUCUGACAAUAAUGUGAAACAGCCAAGACCAGUUGUUACUGAAAAUGAUGACAACAGGGUUUUCCAACUGGAAUUUGGAACCGAUGUUGCCUUUGCCACCACAACUGGAGGAGCUUCCACCACACCGGUCAUUCUGGAUCAGCAAAAUCUUGCUCUUGUUGAAAGCACGCCUAGGGAACCAGUUGCGCUUUUUGAUGAUGCAGGCAACCCAUAUGUUGGUUCUGAGAUCACGGCAGAACCUCAACUAGGACUUGACAAUCCUAUUGCAUUUUGGGAUGAUAUUAUCAAAGGUGUUGGCCAAGAAUUUGAUAACGUGAAGGAUUUCCGUGCUCAGUUGUGCAAGUAUGCCAUUGGGAAAGGAUUUGCGUAUCGAUUCAUAAAAAAUGAAACCACUCGUGUCACCGUAAAAUGUGUUGUGGAGGGCUGUACGUGGCGAUUACAUGCAUCCGAGUCAUCUCGUAACAAGAAGUUUGUUAUCAAGAAAAUGACAGAUGAGCAUACAUGUGGAGGUGGAAGUGGAGAAGGUCAGCGCCGAGCGACUAGACAGUGGCUGACCACCAUCAUUAAGGAGAAGCUGCAUGAUAAUCCAAUGUUGAAGCCAAAGGACCUCGUCAAGGAAAUAUAUGAACAGUAUGGAGUUACACUAACCUAUUCACAGGUUUGGCGAGGUAAAGAAGUAGCGCAGAAGGAACUGUUUCAUGCAAUCAGGGAGACUUACAGUCAUUUGCCCUGGUAUUGUGAGAAGCUUUUGGAGACCAACCCAGGAAGUAUAGCUUUGUUAUCUCCAAUGGUGGAUGCAAAAUUCCGUCGCUUUUUUGUUGCAUUCCAUGCUUCUUUGCACGGAUUUGCAAAUGGGUGCAGGCCCCUCUUAUUUCUUGAUAAGGUUCCACUGAAAGCGACAAAUGAGUACAAGUUGCUGGUGGCUGCUGCAGUUGAUGCAGACGAUGGUGUCUUUCCAGUGGCAUUUAAUGUGGUUGAAGAUGAAAAUUAUGACAGCUGGGUUUGGUUCUUAAUGCAGCUGAAAUUUGCUCUCCAGAAUCACAACUACCCUUACACUGCGAUGACAUUCUUGUCCAGUGGACAAAAGGGUCUGGAUGCUGCUGUUUCUCAAGUUUUUGAAGAUGGCAACCAUGCCUUCUGUUUGCAUCAUAUCAUGGAGGAAUUCAAAGGAGAGCUAAGGAAGGGACCAUGGUCGCAGCAAAUAAGAGAGGCGAUGAUAGAGGAUUUUACUCGUGCGGCCCAAGCAUGCAGCAUCGAGGACUUCAACGCGUCCAUUGAGAGCAUAAGGAAUAUAUCCACCGAAGCCGCUGACUGGAUCAUUGCAAGCAAGCCAGAACAUUGGUCAGAUGCCAUUUUCAAAGGCUGUCGGUAUGAUCAUUUCUCCUCGAAUAUUGUUGAUGCCUUCAAUAACUGGAUACCAACCAAGAAGGAGGGUUCAAUAGUGCUGAUGAUAGACUCGUUGAGAAUGAAAAUUAUGGAGAUAAUAGAAUCUAGGCGUGAAACUUGCAAGGCCUGGCCAGGGCCUUUGACACCUUCUAUGGAAUACAAAGCACAAGAGGAGAUGUUGAAGGCUGGUAAGAUGACUGUGCUGUGCUCCUCUGAAACUGUGUUUGAAGUGCGGGGCAACGCAAUUUUCGUUGUUAAUCUUGCAAAUUGGGAAUGCACCUGCCGGAGGUGGCAACUUUCUGGCCUCCCGUGCAUGCAUGCUGUUGCUGUGUUCAACAGGAUUGGGCGAUCUUUCUAUGAUUACUGCUCAAAGUUUUUCAGAAUAGAAAGCUACCAUUUGACUUAUUCAGGAAUGAUCUUCCCAAUACCUGACAUGGAUACUGUUGAUUUUAGUGUUGGGGCAAAUUUAAUUCCACCUCCUAAGCCACGUACAUCAGAUAAACCAAGAAGGAAGCGGUUUAACCCCAACAAGGUACCCACUGUUAUACGACUCUGCAGCAGGUGCAAGCAAGCAGGCCACAAUAAGGCAACCUGUGAAGCUAUUUUGUAGACAAAAGUAACCUCUGCAUCUCGAGUAUGUAUAGCAGAGUCAAAGAUCUGAAGUUUCGCUAGAGCAAGACUGAUGAGAACAUGGCGGGCCAGCGGGUGUUUUUGUUGAUUUAAUGUGAUGAAGAUAUAGCCUUUUUUGGUGCUCUGGUGCUGCCUGCUAUUUGUAGUUUUUUGGAUGGAAGGGGAGAUGGGAUAUCAGGCAUAUAUAUGAUUCUGUUUAUGCGGGAGUUGUAACUUAAUGUUCUGUAGUGGGGCGAUGACAAGGUGCUAACUAGCUUCAAAUGAUGUCGCCGAAACCACAUAGAUCAUUAGCAUGCAGUUGGGAACUCUAGGUAGUCCGUAAUUUUAUUGUUUAGAUGAACCGAUGCUUAUUCUCAUGUAGAUCUUUGUACAUGCUAUGGUUGAUGUUUGCUGUAACAAUUCAGUUAGUGCAGCCGUUGUGUGUGGCAGCUCUUAGAUAGAUGGAGUAAGUAAACAAUCCAUCAUUUGGUGC